AUGUCGUCCAAGAACAGCAUCGUCCCACCCCACCGCAAGCAAACGGGAACCAAGCAGACACAACCCAAGCAACCCCAACCCAAGUCCUCGUCACCCACCACCAAGAGACCCACACCCUCCCUCUCCCCCUUCCAAUGCGGCGACCCGUCCCACUCCACCUACCGCCCCUCGCCCGAGCUAGAAUCCCGCAUCCGCCACAACUGCCCCCUCCCAAAAACGGAAACCAAAAUCCUCGACGCCAAAAACCGCACCAUCACCACCAUCACCCACCGUGCCACCGUCACGGACGCCAUGGUGGAGGACUACCAUGAAGAGGCCGUUGCGCGGUACUCGAAGACUGGGGGUAAGCAGGGCAAGCCGAUAUGUCUUGAAGAAAAGAAAAAGGCCGUGGAUCAAGCUCUCGUCGAUCGCCAGGAGCUGCAAGAUGAGGAUUGGGAGGUCGUCGAUUCGGCGGAUGUGGAUGAUCGCUGGGAUGUGAGGGGUGCGUUUUCGGGGAAGAGGGUCAAGGCGCUUGAGGAGGGGAUUCAGUGA